AUGUCGCCUCCUUCCUCCAGCAGCAAGCAUUCCGAGUCGGGUGUCGCCCGUCUCUGUGGUUCAGGAACCUCGGGUUUCCUCGAGCUCAUGAUCUUCCACCCCAUUGACACCGUCGCCAAGCGCCUCAUGUCCAACCAGACUCGUCUGUUUGUUCCUGGCCAGGCUUUGGCUGUCGGUAUGGCCAGCACCAACAAGGUCAUCUUCAAGGACGCCGCUAACGCCGCCUUCAUGAAGAAGUACGCCUCGUUGUUCCCCGGUCUCGGAUUCGCUGCCGGAUACAAGAUCGCCCAGCGCAUCUACAAGUUUGGUGGCCAGCCCUUUGUUAACGAGUUCUUGAACCGCCAUUACAAGAAGGAGUUCCACUCUGUCUUUGGCGAGAAGACCGGCAAGACCAUCAUGCACGCCACUGCUGGUUCCUUUGUCGGAAUUGGAGAGAUUGCCCUCUUACCCCUUGACGUCCUCAAGAUCAAGCGUCAGACAAACCCCGAGGCCUUCCGUGGUCGCGGUGUCAUGAAGAUUGUUGCCGACGAGGGCAUGGGUCUCUACAGAGGUGCUCUCUGGACUGCUGGUCGUAACGCCCCUGGAUCUUUCGCGCUUUUCGGAGGAAGCGCAUUCGUCAAGGAGUGGGUUUUCGGAUUGGAGGAUUACAACAAGGCUACCUUCUUCCAGAACUUCUGCGCCUCCAUUGGUGGUUCCGUCGCCUCGAUCACCGUUGCUGCUCCUCUCGACGUUGUCAAGACUCGUAUCCAGAACCGUCACUUUGAUAACCCCGAGAGUGGUAUGAACAUCAUCAGGAACAUGAUCCGUCACGAGGGCUUCGGUGCCUUCUUCAAGGGUCUCUUGCCCAAGAUUCUUGUUGUUGGACCCAAGCUCGUCUUCUCGUUCACUAUUGCCCAGCAGUUGAUCCCCCUCUUCCACCACAAGUUUGAGGAGAUGGGUGUCACCCACAUCGGCAACACCGUCAAGACCGCCUAA